GUUGCUUAGUAAAUUAACCGGGCUACCAAACCAAACUUAAACCGUUUUCACGUCAAAAAUAACCUGUCUCGUAGCGUUAUAGCUCUAGGUCAGAAGAUAAACAUACGUGAUGUAAUCCCCGCGUGACGGCCGCUCGCCGCAACGAGGUGCAAUCGCUCGUCUCCUCCAUUUUCGAUGCCUGAUCCCUCUCCACCUGUGACUCGAGUUUCGAGCGUGCGCGGGAACACUGUUAUUGUGACUCACCUCCCUCCUGCCGAUGGUUCGUUCCUAUCAUAGAUAUGUCGGCCGUUGUUGGAGACGUAGUUGUGCGCAGUAAACUUUCCAGUAAGUUGAGAAGGGCAACUUGCAAGGCGACCUGGCUCGUCGAAAGCUUCACUCUGCGACGUGGGGCUACCGGCGACUACAUCGAGAGUGACAAAUUUUCUACGGGCGUCGAUUGUGAUUGGUGUUGGAGGCUGUACCCAUGGGGGAAGACGAAUGCUACUAUCGUUCAAGUCGAGCUAGUGUACAUCCGAGACGGAACGAUUUCAGCAACGUGCCAGUGCUGGCUCGCCAACGAAACACCAGAGAAGGUAGAGAAGAAAGAAAUAGAAUUUCGGAAAUUUCUGCCAACACAGGUGGCUCUGCUUAAUUUACUCGAUGGUAAUCAGGUACGCAAUGUCUCUCUUGGAUAUCUCGCUGGUGAUGCUCUAACGCUCUGCUGCGAACUGACCACUUUGAAAGAUUACGAAACAUCUGUGUCCUGGAUGAGGAGCGAGUCGCCUCAAGAUGCCUUCCACGAGGAAGAGUUGUACCAUCGCCUGUGGGAAUGUCGUGACUUCAGCGAUCUAACUGUCGUCGCCGAUGGGAAAAAAUUUGAAGUCCACAAGGCUAUCCUGGCCACGCGGUCUCCAGUUUUUAAUGCCAUGUUCAAGAGCAACAUGAAGGAGAUGCGUGAAGGUGAAGUGCACCUGGAGGACAUGUCCGCCGAGGUCUUGCAGGAGAUGUUGAGCUUUAUUUACACAAAUAUGGUGUCCAACAUCGGUUCCAUGGCUGCUGAUCUUCUGCAUGCGGCCGAUAAGUACGACUUGAAGAAGUUAAAAUCAAUGUGCGAAGAAGAACUUUGUUCGAAUCUCAGUGUGGAGACUGUUGCUGACACACUCCGUGUGGCCGACAAGUUCAACGCGGAUUACCUGAAAAAUGUCGCCCUGUGCUAUCUCAACGCGCAUGCCGUCGAUGUCCAAGAGACACACGGGUUCAAAGCUCUGGUUCGCGAAGAACCACGGCUCGUCCAAGAUCUCUACGAUGCCCUGAUAAAGCUCACCAUGGCGGGCAAGUGAACGACUGCGUAGUACGUGCCUUCAUCCAAUGAUUAGUCACAGCGUUCAAUAAAACGUGACUCGAUAA